GCAGGAGGGAGAACUGAUGGGAGAGCUGGGCAGAUGGAGGAUGGCACCCAACACCUGGGACACUGCAUGGUUGACAUGAAGGAGCUCAGCGCCAACCCUGAAGGACUGACCGCUGCCGGUGUUUUUCUAACACCCAAGCUGCCUCGGGUGGAGUUCAGCCUCGCAUGUAGUGAUCUGGUGGCCUCAGGCAGAGACAGGAAGCCCAAUGCUUUGGUCCAGGUGGCUGUCAUAGACCCCCACAAGCAGCACCUUGUCUCUCAGGCCUGCACAGAGAUAGUGGAGGCGAACAAAGACCCGCUGUUUCUGACGGGGGUGACCUUCCCUUCAGAGUAUCCUACUAGCACAGAGACGCUAGUCAAGCUAACAGUGUAUGAUGCAAAGGACAAGAGCCAGGAAUCAAGCAGCUUCCUGGGCAGUGCCACAUUUUCCAUAGGCGACCUGCUUAGGGCUAAAGAUGAACGAUUGACCUUGAGCCUCAGGUCAUCUGAUGGUGUGUGCGCGGCAGGAACAGUGGUGGUGAGUCGACUGAAGAUGGGGGAAAUGGAGGAGGUCGAAGUAGACCACAUCACCACCGACAUACCAUCACAGAAGUGUCCCUUGGUUUGUGAGUCUGCGUCCCACGCCUGCAUUGACAGAGAAAAUAACCCACUGACAGGGCCAGUGUUCAAGAACCCAGUAUGCAAAGUGUACAGAUUUCAAACAGCGGACAGCAAGUGGAUGCUUGUGCGGGAGCAAAUGGAGGAGUGUACUUUGUCCUUUAGCAUCCCCAAACAGCUACUUUCACUUUACAUUCAGGAGGACAUGAGGAGGGUGCAGGAUCUGAGGGAGCUGGGGGAGCUUUCUCCUCACUGGGACAACUUAAGAAAGGAGGUGAUGACACGAUAUGGAGGAAUCAUCAGCUCCUACCAGGAGACUUUGGCUGAACUGGACAAGAUUACUGGUCGUUCAUUCAAGCCAAGCUGCUGCAAAGCCCAGAAAUCACUGGAGUUCAUCCCAAUAAACCUGCACACCCAGAGGAUGAGGGUGACGUGUCCCAGAAAAACAGAUGCUAUCUAUGACAUUGUCACUGUCGGUGCCCCUGCUGCCCACUUCCAGGGCUUCAAGUGUAGUGGUGGUCUUCAGCGUCUCCUUAGCAGAUAUGAAGCGGAGAAGAAAAGCUUCAGCACUGCCUACCAGUGCAUCUACUACUCCCCAGAGCACACAGCCAAAGCUCAGGAGGUACUCAGCACCAUGAGCCUCCUCCAGCCCCUCAUCACAAGCUUAGCAGACCAGCUCCUCCAAGCUGCCCAGGAGCACUCUUCCCCCGGACUGAGGGAUGCACUCAACAACCUCUCUGACAAGACAGAAAAAUUUGUUCACACACUUAAAGAUGAAUUGGUCAAGAGUGCACUGCUAGCACUGCAUGCAGCGCGGCCUGGGUACAUCUCCAAGACCCAGAAGCAAACCUCCAUGCAGGAAGGCCAACAUCAAGGCCAUGUCCACCAAGGCAGUGACCAGAAUCAGAGCCCAGUCCAGGGACUUCCAGGCCACAGUCCGGCCACAUCGGUCACUGAGGGCAUGGUGGUGUGUAAUAAUGUGGAGGGAUCACAAACUAGAGGAGAUGGUGGGCACCAAGACUCCAUACCACACCAUAAAGAGUACGACGAGGAGGAAUGGGACAGAGUGUGGGCCAAUGUAGCCAAAUGUCUCAACUGUGUAAUUGCCAUGGUGGAUAAACUCCAGGAGGAAGGCAACAACAAGCCGGAGCAAGUCCCAGAGCAACAGCUAGCUGAUGUCAUCACUUCACACAACCCUGGUGACUGGGGGGAGCAGCUUUGCCCUGUGGUGGCCAGGUUAAAGGAGUGUGUGAUGGAGGUGGUGGAGAAGGCUAAGAGAGCCAUGACCUUUGUGCUCCUGCAGGAGGCAGCCUGCAGCAUUCCACAGGGUUUCCUCCUCCAACAGAGGAGAGAUGUGGUCUUCAGUCAGGCAUUGGCAGCCUUGGCCUGUGGUUUUGUCAUGAGGCUGUAUGCAGGCAUGCAGGACAAAGGCUUCCUCAAGCAGCUCCACCUGGUUGGUCUGGUGGCCCAGUUUGAGAGCCUGCUCAGCACCUAUAGUGAAGAGAUCGGGAUGCUGGAGGACAUGGAAGUUGGAAUCUCAGACCUGCAAAGAGUCGUGUUCAAGAUUACAGAGGCCAAGACAGACGACCUCAGUGACCUCCAGCCCUUAGUGUGUGGCCGAAGAGACCACUUCAUUGUAGAAGUGCCAUUACCACGACCGGUUUUCCAGACCUUGCCAGAAGAGAUCAAGGAAGGCAAACUUCUACGAGUAUUCCCGGUGCUGUUUAACGUGGGCAUCAAUGAGCAGCAAACUAUAGCAGAGAGGUUUGGAGAUAUUUCCCUACAAGAGAGAAUAAACCAGAAGAACUUCGAAAAGUUAGAAGCCUAUUACAAAUCAUUAAGUGAAAAGGUGCCACUAGAAUGUCUACCAUGUUUUCAGACACAGACUGACAUAAAGGAAUUACUUGAAACCCUGGGCCAGAAUGUAGUCACAAAGAAGAGGAAGAAUGUGGAGAUAUUAUGGACUGCCGGAAUGAUUUGUCGAAGGUUGAAUGGCAUCAGGUUCACCAGCUGUAAAAGUGCCAAAGACCGGACAUCCAUGUCUGUCACAUUAGAGCAGUGUUCCCUCCUUCGUGAUGAACACCAGCUCAGCAAGGAUUUCUUCAUCCGUGCUCUGGACUGUAUGCGGAGUCGGCUCGCCCAGGGAGACAUUGCGCACUGGGAGGACCCUGAGGCUGGCACCGUGACAGAGAACAAACCAGCGUCACGACACUUUUACCCCAUUGCCCUGCUGCUCGUUAGCUCCCACUUACUGGUUGUGUGGCUCAUUUUAAGUCUUGUUUUUCUGCUUGCAAAAUAUCAAUAAAUUGCU